AUACGCGAAUAUUUUUUUCUACUUUCAAAAUGGCGGCGGGAAUGAAGGACAGUUGACACUUUCUCAAUUCCAGGAGUCAAGUUUUUCUUUAAUUAUUACUCCUUGUUUGCAAUAUGGAGUCCGAAGAAAAGCCUGCUAUUGAAAAUGUCUCCAUUGAGAGUGCAGAGGCUGCUGUUCAAGAUUUAUAUGACUUCAGGGAUCACUAUUUUGAACAUAAUGGAAUAGACAAAGCUCCUUUCAGAAAGAGGGAAAUUACCAACAAACUAAAAGAGACCCUGGCAACCUUAGACUAUAUCCAAGCAUCCUCAGAAAACACAUCAAGGUGUCUUUAUUUGAGGGGAAAAGCAUUAAAUGUGAAGUCGGAGUAUGAUAGCAUGGCAGAGGAUGCACUGACUAAGGCUGUGAAGUUAGAGCCCAAGCUCGUAGAGGCCUGGAAUUGCCUUGGGGAGUGCUAUUGGAAGAAGGGGAAUGUAGCAGCGGCAAGGAAUUGCUUUGUUGGUGCCCUAAGUCAUUCAAAGAAUAAAGCUUCAUUGAGAAACUUGUCAAUGGUUCUUCGGCAGAUUGGCUCUGAUUCAAAAGAGAGAGCAGACAAUGUCAGGCUUAGUGUUGAGAAGGCUAAAGAGGCGGUUUCCCUAGAUAUCACAGAUGGCAUGUCUUGGUAUGUGCUUGGUAAUGCUUACUUGUCGCUGUUCUUCAGUGGGUCACAAUCUCCACAGAUUCUGAAGCAGUGCAUGUCCGCUUAUGGCCAAGCAGAGAAGGACCUGGUUGCUGCAAAUAACCCAGACCUUCACUUCAACAGGGCAAUGGCUUACAAAUACCAAGAAGAAUUCAAGCAAAGUGUGGAGAACUUCAGACAGGCUCAUAAGCUUGAUCCGGGAUGGGUAGAGGCUGAAGAGCUCUGUCAGAGGGUCCUGAAUUACCUGACAGACACCAUUCAGCUAGCUCAGGGAAAGGGUAAGCUAAAAACCAAAAGAUUACAGUCCAUGGUGAACUCUCUUGGAGAGGCGGAGCUCGGGCCCUAUUCUGGUGGGAGCUACACAAGUGCUGCUGGGAAGACGGUCGACCUCGACUACACCACCUUAGACAAGCUUACUCCUGAAAUUAACGCUGGCAAAGUGGUGGUGGGUAGAAUGGUGGGAUCCGUGCAAAUGGACGAUCCAUUGCCAUACACAUGUGCCAUAGUAGACAAAAGCGACCUGUGCCUACCAGUGACCGUUUACAACAUGGCAAGUUGUGCAGGGUUUGUUGUUGGUGACGCCAUAGCCAUACCAGAACCUUACGUACAAGUCACUGACUUCACCGAAGACGGAAAGGUGUUCCAAUUCAAGUCGAUCCGUGUGGAUAACCCUGUGGUGCUGGCGGUGAACAAGAAAAAGCUUGGUGCAAGUCACCUCGCGCCAUCUGUGCUCUCCGUUACUGCAAUAAGCGAGUGACGUCAUCGCCUGACACGAGUUUGCGCGACACUGUUUGACAUUUUGAUGGGUAAAGUUCACAUGACCUUGCAUGACCCGUGCUAACUAUCUCUGCCACGAGGUACGCUCAAAAGGACGCGAGUUUGCGUGACAUGUGUCACAUAAUACAUCGCGUGACACAUUUUUUGACCGAGUUUGCGUGUCAAUGUUUGAAAGCAAUUGAUGUGAGCGUGACAUAUUUCGUGAAUAGGUAACUCGUGACACAUUUUGUGACUAGGAUUUCUAAGCAUUUCUGGACAGAAAGUAAUGACCUUGUGUGCUAUUUUUUUCUACCGAAUGUGGGUGACCAUUUUAUCGUAUGGCUUCAAAGCAAUAGUGACGUUAAGUAACAAUAUAUUGUGCUACUCAAUGAA